UUUUUCCUCUUGUCUUUCAGAUGCUUGCUCAAGUGCAUGGGGAGCCCCCAGACUCCGGCUCUUUUCAGAAGCUGCACUGUGGCUCUGUCAGGAAGCUUCCUAAGCUGUCUGCAAGAAAGGUUAAGAAGAAAGGCAUAUUCUGGGGCAUUGAAGUGGCAGAAACACUCAGGUGGCGUGGCUGGGAGCUUGGAAAAGAGAUGAUCAAACAUCUGAUCUUGAAAAAUGUUCACGAGAAAACCCAGAAGCUGAGCUACAGGUGUCCUUCCACGCGGUUCUUCAUCACUGUUUUCCCGCAGCCGAUUGCUCUGAGCCCUGGUAUGUCCUUAACUCUGCCCAUCAUUUUCCGGCCCACUGAAAAGAGGGACUACGAAGACAGCAUCUGCUUUAGGAAGGCCGAGGGCGAGUUCUCUGUCACCCUGCGUGCUACGCUUCCGCGCCCGUGUCUGUCCUUCCCAGCGACUGUCCAGCUGCCCGUCUGUGCUGUCCACAGUGUCACGGAGACAACGUUCACCGUGCGCAAUGUUGGUGAUCUCAUCACCGUGUUUGCCUGGGAGACGCCAAGCCCUUUCUACAUGAUUCCUGACCACGGCAUGCUGUCUGCAGGUGAUGAGUGCACCAUCAAGGUGGUCUUCCAGCCCAAGGUGGCUGUGGCGUGUGACGUGGCAGCAACGUGCUGGUUUGGAGGUGAAGAGAAACAAAAGAGGACUCUCCAGCUACAAGCCCGGGCCAAAUACCCCUACCUGCGGGUGAAUGUGCCAGGGGAACACUAUGAAGGUGUAAAGCCUGGGAGGUUUCGGGACGUGCUGUGCUUUGGAUCCGUGCCAGUGGGCACUACAGUGGAGAAGUGUGUAGAAAUCUUCAACUUGUCUGUGGUUGAUGCACCGUGUAGGAUUGAAAGAGCAAAAGACCCUCUGCUCCAAGAUCAUGUCUUCUCCUGCGAUGUGUCCCACAGUGUUGUGCCUGCCAAAGGGAAGCUGGUCUUGUGCAUACGAUUUCAGCCACGGACAGUGGGAGAGCACAGCACCGAUUAUUUCACCGUCGUAUCCGCUGGAUGCCUCCAGCAGGCCGUUCUGAAGGUGGUUGGCUCAUGUAAAGGUCCUUUGGUGUCCUUGCAGCAGUUCUCUAUGGACUUUGACUGGAUCAAUCUUGGGGAAAGUUCAAUGCAGAUAUUGAAAAUCAGCAACAUCUCAGAUGUCCCUGCAUACUACCAGUUUGAUAUCGAUGGCAGAGGGAGUGUUUUCUCUUUGGAUCACCCCUGCGGGGUCCUGGAGGGCACAACAACACUAGCACUGAAGGUGACCUUCCGACCUACUCACCCCAUCAGCUAUCACCGCCGAGUGGUGUGCCUUGUCCACCAUCAGGAGCCCUUGUAUGUGGACUUCUUCGGUACCUGCCAUUCAGACACAGCUAAGCCAGCCAUCCUACAGGCAAGACAUCUCUCCUGGUUUCGAACCAAUAUGGUGAGGGGGCUGACCUUCUAUCCGCCCGAUAUCCUGAGCGAGAUGCUGAAGGAUGGGAUGUUGCAGAUGGAUGAAAAAAGAGCCCUCAGGCUGCCUCCUGAGAUCCCUCUGGACAAGCCCCCCAAGGAAUACGUUGAAGCCAGCUCCAUGACUGAGUAUUUCUGUGACGGCAUAAGCAGCGACCUGGCCUUGUUUCCCCCCCAUGUUAGUGUCAGCCCCAGGGAGUAUGAUUUUGGUUGCUGUGUGCCGCUCCACAAGGUAGAACCGCUUCCUCUCUGUGUGACCAACCACACCAAAGGGAAGAUCACUGUUGCCUGGACUCCGAGCCAUGGCAGUGGCUUCCAGGUGACACCCGAAAUCUGUGACAUCCCACCUUUGAAGUCUUCAGCCUUCCGUGUCCUCUUCCAGCCCACUCAGCUCAACAGCCUUUAUGCGGCAGAGCUGGAAGGCUUUGCCUUCUACAAGGUUCUGAGACAAUACAGCAACAUUGAGGAGGAUGCCACCAUCUGUCCACCCUGGUGCCUGACUGUCAGGCUGAGGGCGCACACGUUUGAAGCAGAACGGGAACACUUCAUCCCACAGUACAUCCUCGACGUCCCCAAGACUUUCCCUCCCGUGGCUUCUGACACUGACACCUACUGCAGUGUUCUGCUCUCGAACACAGGCACCUCCCUGAUAACCUUCAGUGUGAACCAGACUGCUUGUCCCUCUGUUUUGGUCAAGCCCCACUCAGGACACAUCAUUCCAGGAGGCCACCAGAUUUUCUUUCUCUCCACUCACCCAGUUAACACAAUCCCACAGCAGCUUAUCCUGCCCUUGCAGCUGAACUCCUGUCCUGGAUACACCAAGGAGAUUGCCAUCAGGAGUUGUGCGGAGUCCCUUCUCUUGCUCUUAGAAGGUGAUGGGAAUCUAUACUUCAAGCCCAUCUAUACAGGGACCUCCUCAACCCGAAUGUACACCAUAAAGAACUGCACGAGGCUGCCCAUGGCCUUCACAUGGAAGAUCCAGCAGUCUGACAGCAAGGUCCUGUCUGUCAGGCCAGCCACAGGCUUCCUCCAGCCCUAUGAAGCCAUGGCUCAGGAAUGGACUUUUACUCCUGACAAGGUGACCAAGUAUCUCCUGCGAGCUGUGGUGUUCGUGAGCUGGAAAAGCCCAGCCCCUGAAUCUCCCAAAAGCGUCCAUUUUACCUUACGGAUUGUUGGGGAGGGAGCACCGGGCAGCAUCAGGGCACAAAAGGAGCACCUGGACCUCGGAAAUGUUCUGGUUGGUGACCUGCAAAGCUGCAGCAUAGUGCUGCUGAAUGAUGGGAUCUGUUCUCUGAAGUUCAUCCUCAGCGUGGAACAACUGAUCACCAGGCCUUGUGACCCUGAGGAAGUCUGCAGCGAUCCGCUGGCUUUAGAGCUGGAACCCUCCAGAGGGACGAUCCCUGCGAGGUCAAAAGCUUUUGUGAGAGUGUCGGUCAGGCCAGCCCGUCAGCUGCAUUACACCUGGUCAAUCAAGUAUAAUAUUUGCACCCCCACAGCUCCGGAUCUUGCAAGCAUGGAAGAAGAGCCACAAUCCCUCUGCUGCAUAGAAGCAACAGGUGUCUACCCAGCCUUCUGCGUCGCAGAUGCCUGUUCAGCAGGGAGUGCUAGUGGUGUCAGCAGGUUGUACCUCUGGAGGCUUUUCUCCUUGGACAAAUUGAAUGAAUACUUGGAACAAGACCCAACUCCCAGCGAGCUCACGUACAGAGUUCCUACAAGGCACAGCACAUGCUUGAUCCCUCCGGUGUACACUCCUUUCAUGGUGGAUUUCAACUUUGGGGCUGCCCCGAUGGGCUCAGAGCCUACCCUGGUGGUGCUCCUGCUGGUGAACAAGGGCGUGGUGCCCGUGGAGUGGGCCUUCCUCUUUCCUUCUGAUCAGAAGAUGGACAUGGAACACUGGGCAGAGGAUGCUGAGUUUAGCCCCUGUGAGCUGCACCAGAUGAGAAUUCAGGAUAACCAGCUCUUCACUGUUUCUCCGAAGUCAGGGAAACUUCUUCCAGGACAGGAGGAAUGUGUCCAGCUCUCACACAGACAUGAUUUCAUUGGCACCGAUUACCUCCCCGUCCUGCUGAAGGCUUCCUAUGGCCAUGAGAUUCUGCUGAACUUCAGAGGCAUGACAGUGAAACAGGACCAGCGCUACGUUCAUUUUGCAUCCACUAAGCACCUCUUCACACCCAUCGCGAUUGGGACUUCCCACCCUCCGACACAGGUUUAUGAACUCUAUAAUGGUGGCUCCAUGCCAGUGACGUUUGAGGUUCAGCUGGACAGCAUCAUGAGGAUCCAGAAGGACAAUUUUCAGCAUCCUGUGUUCGUCUGCUUAACUCCCAGAGGAGAAAUCCCCCCUGGCACAACAGGUCAGAUUGAGUGGAUCUUCUCACCGCUGGAAGCCAGAACGUACUUGGUUGAAGUUCCCAUCCACAUCCUGGGGGGUGAUGCAGCUCUGGUCACCUUCCAGGGAAGAGGCUACGAUCCGAAUACCACAGGAGAGAACACCACAUUCAGCGAAGUCUUGUCUCCUUCUGUCCUUCUGGGUUCUACCAAACUGACUGUGCCUGGGCAGGCGGCCACCUUAUCACACCACCAGAUUUGUGUUGGAAAUAUCCCAGACUGCACCAGAGUGUGUCGGCUUGUCUUUCUCAACAAUGUCUCGGAGGGCAAGGCUGUUGUGUUCACCUGGAAGACGAGCACCGUUAAAGACAGUGGGGUGUUGCAGAUUGCUCCAGAGGAGGGGGUGAUGCAGCCUGGAGAGAGCAUCCCCUGCUUCAUCACGCUGCAGCCUUCAGGGAUCGCUUCCUUGUACAGCAUAGACCUGGUGUGUGAGCUAUACCUCCAGGACUCCCUGCGUCGGUAUGAGAGGGACCUGCAGGAGUGGGAAAGGGAGAAGGAACGGCAGGCUGUGGAGUUCACCAUCACGGAGAAGGACCUCAGGACUGAGAAGAAGCCAAAGUCACCUGCAGGGAGAUCAUCAGAUUCUGCUGAGACAGAAAAUCUCCCUGAGCCCCCAGCUGUGGUCAGGAAAUACAAGACGCUGCCCCCUAUUAAAAACCACCCUGUGCCCAAUCUCCCUGCCGGACACUUGGAGAGGAGGCUGUUGUUGGGCAAAGAAGCCAGCCGGGUGUGGGUCAAACCAGAGCCUCCCAAGCCCGUCCUUUUACACCUUGCUGUGACAGCCAGGUCCCACUCUACUGAGGACUUCUUCAGGAACUUCCCCUCAGAGUUCCCCAAGUACUUCUUGCCGCGCCACCUACCGUUGAAGACCAAGCCUGUGGAUGGGAAUAAGGUCAGCAACGGGACGGAGAUGGACCCCAGAUUGCUAUCCCUGGCCGCUGCCUCCAAACAGGAGCUGCAGAUAGUGACUGACAUCCUCACAGGGGUCCUCAGUGGCCUCUUGGAGAACACCCAGUUCCAAGACGCAGUGAAGAAAUGUUUGGAUGAACCCAUCCCAUAUUUCUCCCAGUUCCGUUGUAAAGAAUCAGCAGAGACACAAGACGGGGGACAGUGCACCACGGGCCCAUCCAGGGGCUCUGCUUCCCCAGAUCUUUACACUGAGGAGAAUGGAGAGGGGGAAGAAAUGAAGCAAGAAUCUUCCCCCAGCAAGGAAUUUCUGGAGUCUUGGGAGAGGCUGAGUGAGGUUUUUCACCACGAGCAGUUGAGGGAGCAGAAGGAGAUGCUGAGCAGGCAUCCAGCCUUUGGGACCCUGGUGGAGCUGGUGCUGGAGAACACUCUGCAGAACAUCCUGAUCGAAGCCAGCCGUGGGGAGGUGGUGCUGACAGCCCGGCCCAGGGUCAUCGCUCUGCCCCCCAGCCCUUUCCGAAGGUAGCAGAGCGUAUCUGUUCCGUGCUGGGGGGCAGGAACUGGAUUUGUCCAGGCCUGGGGAUAAGUACAGGGAGAGGGUGUCAAGGGAGGGUUGUUGAAUGGAGAGGUCAUCUCCAGAGUUGCAGAAGUCUUGUCCAGAUGGAGGGUGGAUGUUCCCUGUGAUCCCUCGGGGAGGGAUGGCUGUCUGGGGGGAGGUGGCAGCAGCAGGCUGCACUCUCCCCACUCCAAAGGCAAUUUCAUUUCCUUCAGAAUCACCAAUCCAGCACCCCAAAGCUCAAGAACAUAG